GAUUCAAGAGAGAGAUGUGCCAUGUAUUGCAAAAAUUAAUCUAUGUCAAAAUGAGUAUUAUAAUUGAAAUUACAUAUCAAAACGUCAACAAUGUUCCCAAAAUUAUAGAACCAGACCAAGAGUACAACAUAAAUACAACCAAUCAAAGUUACUUCUCGGACUACUACGGCCUGUGUUCUGUUAGACCAAAAUAUGAGUUGAAUAUGUAUCAAAGUCUUUCAAAAAAAGAUGAAAUCAAGAAAAUUAAGGAUAAAGAAUUAACUAAUACACAAAUUUAAAUAUUCACAUGCAUUCAAUCAGACCAGUCAUCAUAAGCAUCCGUACAUUCAAUAGUUCUUGAAUUUCUGGACCCAUCUAUAAAUUUCACAUCAUUAUUCAAGCACCAAUCUCGGAUUUCAUUAAGUUCACGUAAACUUUCUUCAUCGCAAUCCCAAGGGGGUCCAAAGGAUUGAAGUUUAAGUUCUCGAAGGUUUGAUCCUACUUCUGGUUGACUAGGUAAACCAGACAUUCGAAUUGACAAAUGUGUAACAGGGCGAAGUAACGGUGCUAACCAAAAUUCGUGCAUCGGACGAGCGUAAGUUGAAAUUGAAAGUCUUUGAAGUUUCGGGAACCGAGAUGACAUAAGUGCCCGUGGAAAGCUGUUGUGAAAGCAUAAGGCUAAAUGAGUGAGAGGUGAACAUUUGAGAACAUCAAAGACUGGUGCUAGUCCGGCAUGGAAUGCUCCAUGAAUGCUGACCCGACGCAAGGUGG